GUUGACCUAAUUAGCCAGAAGCCUGGGUGAGGUCGAGUGACGACGGGAACGGUGACAUCUUGCUACACUUUCUUCCGCUAUUGUCUGUGAAAAAUGGCUGCACCUCUGCGUACAACAUUGAGAAGGUUCGCGAGACAAGCUAAUGGUGUUACCAGGCAGUUUGGAUCCAAGGCCUCCAGUGGACCAUACAGAGUUGCACGCCCCAUACUGCUGGGCGCUCUUGCUGCAGGUGCAGGCAUCUACAUGACAAAAAAGUAUUACGGUAAUCAUGUGAAUGGUGUGAUAGAAAGUGCCUUAGGCCCCGUUGUCCAGUCAGUGUCUGCUGCAGCAUUACCUGAAAGCCAACCAUCGGUGUUUUCUCAGGGGAAAGACCAUGCUUUGUAUCUGUGGAUUCAUGUCAAACCAACAGCCAAUGCAAAAGAAGUUGCCAAAUGUGUGGCCAAAUUACAGAAGUAUGUUGACCAGGUAUCGGAUCCAGCCUCCAGGGAUGAUGAGGAUGAAAUCUGGGCUGGUGUUGGCUUUGGACCCAACUUCUUUUCCCAGGUUACAGGUAGGAAAACUCGUCAGAAUUACAACUACCCCCACCGCAAGGGAGCACUAGGGGAGAUGCCCAGCUCUGGUGGAGACAUUUUCAUCCAUGCUAAGUCCAACCAAGUAAGCAAACUGUUUGAACUGGCUCAGGUCAUCCUCAAAAAUAUACCCAAGGAUGCUGUUGCUUCACAUGAAGAUAUUUACAGCUUUGUUUACCGGAAUGGGCGGGAUCUGUCUGGAUUUAUUGAUGGUACAGAAAAUCCUGCAGCAGAUGAAGAUCGACAGGCUGUGGCAGUCGAGAAAGAGACAGGAGGCAGCUAUGUGAUUACUCAAAAAUGGAUCCACAAUAUGGAUGUGAUUAACUCUGAAAAAGAUAAAACCCUGGAAGGUUGGCUGGGACGCUCUCGUGCAGACAGCAUUGAGCAUAGCCGCAAAUCCAUUAGCUCGCAUGUGGCCAGGAUGACUGGAGGAGCAGGUUUUCAGCAGCCCAAGCCUGUGCAGAUCGUCCGUCAGUCUAUGCCGUUUGGAAACCUGAGCGGCGAGUGUGGUCUGUUCUUCAUUGGCUACGCAGCUUCCCCUGCUAACUUUGAGUUUAUGCUGGACCGGAUGGUUGGGGCUGGCGGUGACCCCCACUGUGAUGACGUCAUGAGGUUAUCUACAAACGUCAAAGGCACUUACUGGUAUUUCCCUGGAGCAGCCGAGCUGAAGAAGAUGGAAUAAACUCCCUCCCCACCCCCAUAACGCAAACAGUCUCAAAUUCAUCUUUUAUAUCCAUAGUGCAAAGCUUGACAAAUGUAUGCCCGUGGUGAAAGCGACAUUUGAGUACUUUCAAUAAAAUUGUUAACCUCAAAUGAUUUAUAUGAAACCAAUAUAGGUCAUUGUAUCGUACGAUUUUUUCAUUGUCUUUUCUUGAUCAAAUGUGUUCUGUUGAGGUAUGGGGUAGAACUGUAGAAUAGUUUAAAGGCGUCAGUGAAUGGCCUAAUUCAGAUAAUACUACUAACCAAUUCGCUAUUUUGUUUUUCAUUUGUUAAAGAAUGUUUUAAUGUUGCUCCUAAUUUUUCGAGAAAAUAAGAAAGUGAGUUAUUACUUUUUGGAACAAAUUACUCACUCCCCUCAUGACAUGAAAAUAUGGUGAAUGGAAAUGGAGGACAUAUAAAAUCAUAUUUUCCUUAUUAGAGAAAGUUUUUUCGUGAGAUGACUGGUUACCACAUAACUCGUAUGGACGUGGAUCCUACUGUUUUCCAGAUGAUUUUACCACAUGGGUAUUUUUGUAGAAUGACAAUUUUUUUAUAUCUUCGAGAAGAAUCUUCUGACAAUCCUACACUCACUGGCGAUUCAGUGCUAUGCAUUUGUUGCAGUUGUUUAUGUUGGAUGUUUAUUUUGGUUAUCUGUAAACUUGUCCAUUUUAUAUCUAAAUAAAGCUCAGCAAACCUCA